GCGUGCCCCCCUGCCCCCCAUAUCUCGCCGCGUUUCGCCUUGCGCAGCAGUGAACCCUUAUUUGCGCGGCUCCUCCACCUGUUCGCGCAGGUGCAUGCCUCCGGUACGCUUCAACUUGCGAGGACCCUGUGCACGAACAAUUUCCACUGCGCCACCACGCCCCGCUCCAAAUCACCGUCCCGCACCAACCACUGCCCCGCCACGACAGCUCUCGAGAGCGCAGUUGCGCAAGCUCCACACGUCGGUCCUCAGGAUGGCCACACAAAGCCUGUCCGGUGCCGGUGACGGCUUGAAGCUCACCAACCGCCUGAAUGAGAGCCGGUCACCAUACGUGCGCGGGCACAUGACCAACCCGGUCGCAUGGCAGCAGUGGGGACCGGAAGCACUGGAGCUGGCAAAGAAUUCGAACCGCCUCAUCUUCAUUAGUAUAGGCUACGCCGCCUGCCAUUGGUGUCACGUCAUGGAGCGCGAGUCGUUCGAGAACCAGGAAGUCGCCCAGCUGCUGAACGACAACUUCAUCCCCAUCAAGAUCGACCGCGAGGAGCGCCCAGACGUCGACCGCAUAUAUAUGAAUUACGUCCAGGCCACGACGGGGAGUGGAGGAUGGCCGCUGAACGCCUUCAUAACCCCAGACCUGCAGCCCAUCUUCGGUGGGACGUACUGGCCGGGCCCGGGGUCGACCAUGGGCGGGGACCAUAUUGGCUUUGUUGGAAUCCUGGAGAAGAUCAGAGACGUGUGGCAGAACCAGCGCCAGCGUUGUCUCGACUCUGCAAAGGAGAUCACUGCGCAGCUGAGGGAGUUCACCGAGGACGGCAACAUCAGCAGGAAAGACGGCGCAGACCAGGACGCACUCGACCUCGACCUUCUCGAAGAAGCAUACCAGUAUUUCCUGAACAAGUACGACGCAGAUUACGCUGGUUUCGGCAGCGCGCCCAAGUUUCCCACACCCUCGAACCUCGCCUUCCUCCUCAAGCUCUCGCAGUACCCGCGCGCCGUCGCCGAUGUCAUUGGAGCCAAGGAGUGUACGCAGGCGAAGGACAUGGUUCUGGCUACGUUGGAUGCCAUGAACAAAGGCGGCAUCCACGACCAGGUUGGCAAUGGGUUUGCCCGAUACUCGGUUACGCGAGAUUGGAGCUUGCCGCAUUUCGAGAAGAUGCUGUACGACCAGGCGCAAUUGCUACCUGUCUACCUCGACGCCUACCUCAUGACGAAGAGUCCUGAACAUCUCUCUGCUGUUCACGACAUCGCGACAUACCUCACCUCGCCACCACUGCACUCGCAGUCUGGAGGCUUCUUUUCCUCCGAGGACGCAGACUCGCUCUACCGAUUAUCAGACAAGGAGAAGCGGGAGGGUGCGUUUUAUGUGUGGACACUCAAUGAGUUCCAGGAUAUCCUGGGUGAACGGGAAGCUGAGGUGCUGGCGAGGUACUACAACGUGAAGGACGAGGGUAACGUCGCCCCUGAGCACGAUGCGCACGACGAGCUCAUCAACCAAAACGUGCUCGAAAUCACAAUGACACCGGCUGAACUGGCGAAGCAAUUUGCCUUGUCUGAAGAGGAGGUGGGGCGGAUAUUGUCAGAGGGGCGUCAGAAGCUGCGAAACCACCGCGAACAGGACCGCCCAAGACCAGCGCUCGAUGACAAGAUUGUGGUUUCGUGGAACGGUCUCGCCAUCGGUGCUCUUGCACGCACAGCCGCUGCGCUAUCAUCACAAGAUGUCCCCCGGUCGCAGCAGUACCUCGCCGCGGCCGAGCAGGCAGCCGCGUUCAUUAGCCGUGAGCUUUACAACACCUCCUUCAAAACCCUCACCCGUAUCUACCGUGAAGGCCCCGGCGAAGCUCCGGGCUUUGCAGAUGACUACGCAUAUCUCAUCUCCGGUCUCAUCUCCCUCUAUGAAGCGACUUUCAACGAGUCGUAUCUGCACUGGGCCGACGACCUGCAGCAGACUCAGAUCAGGUUGUUCUGGGACAAGGAGCACCUCGGCUUCUUCUCAACAUCAGAAGGCCAGCAAGACCUGCUUAUGCGGUUAAAAGACGGCAUGGAUAACGCCGAACCGGGCACCAACGGCGUGAGUGCCCAGAAUUUGGACAGGUUGGGCGCUCUGCUCGAAGACGAGUCCUAUGUUAAGCUCGCACGGGACACUGUUAGCGCUUUCGAAGCAGAAGUCAUGCAGCAUCCAUUCCUCUUCCCAAGUCUUAUGGACACCGUGGUUGCAGGAAAGCUAGGCGUCAGACACGUCGUAGUCACAGGCGAAGGCCAGAGAGUCGAAGAGUGGCUGAGGAGAAACCGUGAGCGACCAGCUGGCUUGGGCACGAUCAGUAGAGUGCGUGCUCAGGGUGGAGAGUGGCUAAAGCAGAGGAACGAGCUGGUCAGAAGCAUGGACGCAAGUAGAGAGGGCGUCAUGCUCUGCGAAAAUGGCAGCUGUAGAGAUGAGCUAGGGAUGGAUUUGGGCGGCGUGAGCGAAGCGGUGCCAGAGCUGAGGUAGGACACUGAUGAGCUUGACGAAGCCGAUGAUUAUGUGUUAAACGACAAGAACUACCGUUAUCAGCCCCCCUGUGCAUCACGACCUUGUGACACCAUCUGCACAGCAAAAUGGCGCGCAUGCGCCCUUCUCACAUCUUUACCAUAAACGACCUCUUUGUAUGACCGCAGCAUCUGGAGAACACAAAUGAUGUGGCAAGGUUCCGU